GUGUGUUCUGCUGGUUUCAUGGCUCUCCUCACCAAUGUCGCCAUCCUGCUUAUUCUGGCUUGUAUUUCCCAUCAGCUGAUGUUGAGCAGCUGUCAGAAAAGCCAAGGGAGGAGGGGACGGGGGAUGGACAGAAGACAAGACAGGACCAAGCCAGGCCUAAAGGUGGGCCGUCAACCCAAAUCUGUCUCUGCCCAGCCCAUUAAGGGCAAAAUGGUUACCAAAGACAAGUCAGAGUGUACCUGGGAAGCGACAGGUGAGGACCUCUUCAUUCUCAGUGUCAGCUGCAAGAAGAGAGACAGGAGCUUCAGCUGUGAGUAUGUCUCCAGACCAGCUGUUUGUCCCCAGUACUCUUCCAAUGUCAAUCUUUACUGGAAGCAAAUCGCCAGGGCACUGAAGAAGCAAAAGAAUUUGUGCCAGGACAGUCGUGCUUUGGUCAGGGCGGGCAUGUGCAGAAGAGCUGCCAGAGAAGCUAAUUUCAGACUCCAUAAUGCACAGAGAAAGACUGACUCGCCUUCCAUCCCACUGCCCACACCCAGAGCUGUCAAAUCCUGUCAACCUGAUAACAAGAAGAGGGCAGAGGAGUACUGCAACGACUCCUGGUCGAGUGUUUGCACCUUCUUUUUCACUAUGGUGCAGGAUUAUGAUUGCUGAGACAGAAAAAGUGCAAAGGUGAAAUAAAUUCAGCUCUCUACAUGUCUAAUUAUACACACUUUACAGAAGAAAGAUGUAAUCUAUUCUCACAGAAUAAUUUUAGUAUUUUAUGUAGAUUGCACACUGGAAGUAUUUCUUCAAAUUGUUAAUAGUGGUUCUAGCCCUUAAUAAAUACCUUUUUUAUCUAGUUAAUGUUGCUCUAUGAUUCGUUAAUUUGGGAGAAAUGUAUUAGUGAUAACUUGAUUUUAAAAAGAAUACCUUGAUUGUUGCCUCUUGUAACCACACAUACACAACUUAAGCACAGAUAUCCUGCAUGCCCCUCUCCAUUUUUGUGUCUAGUCACCACAACUUCAUGUGAUUUCAUUUAAAGGCAUGUUUUCCAUCAUACUUACUUGAUUUUGAAAAGAAGAAUUACUUAAAUAAGAUCACCUUGUUGUCCUUUUAAAACAAUUUAAUUUAUGUCGAAACCCCUUUCAUUCUUCUCCAAAUGUGUGUGCACUGUCCUGCCGCAGGCAUUUGCUGGGAGAUUAGCAGUUUGAGCAUGUUGGGUAUUGACACAGUAAUUUAAUCAGAGUCAGUGUGAUUUUUUAGACGCCUUGGCCUGCAUACUUUGGUACUGACCUGCCUCUGAAUCCACAUUCUCAGUAUGAAAACAUUAAAACAUCACAUGCUUAACUUGCAAAAUCAGUGUUCAUAAAUUUAAUCCACUAAAAGCCAGUGGUGGAGGAAGCAUUCAAAUCAUCUAAAUAAAAGUAAAAAUACCACAAUAUGAAAAUACUCAAAUACAAGUAGUCAUGCAUUCAAAGUUUCACUUAAGUAAAAGUACACUAAGUAUUAGCAACAAAAUGUACUUAAAGUAUCAAAAGUAUAUACUUCAUAUACUUUUGGUAGUUUAACAUGUCGCAAUGAAUCUAACUGAUCAUAAGUUUUGUUUGUAAAAUCUUGAGUUAAUGUAGUGAAAUGAAAAGUACAGUAUUUCUCUAUGAAAUGUAGUGAAAUAAAGUAGCAUAAAGUAAAGUCCCUUCAACUCAGGGGCAGAUAAAAUGGCAUCAGUGUAACUAGUGACCAGAAUCAAUGUUUGGGAAAAUUAAGGAAAAAUACACAAAUCCUGUAACACUUCCUCAUUGCUUGUUUGUUAAGUCUAUUUCUCUGUUUCAGAUUUUACAUGUGUUGUUUGUUUAGUAUAUGUGUAUUCUUUCUGACAUUAACAGGACCAAUAGUUGAUGAAAUAAUGCAAUAUAAUGUCAGGAUUAGGCUAAAGUGUCAGUAGCGACAUUCAGCAAUCAUACAGAGAUUUUUACCUAAGAGGCAGACACGACUUUCUCCACAGACCAGAACAAACCAGCCUCAGGACAUGUUGCAUUUUGGGAAAAGGGACUCAUUUUGUCUUGAUGAUUUCAGCUUCAUCUCCUGCUGUAACAUAAUGUAUUACCCACAGCUAAAAUCCAUCAAGUUCAGACUCUCAGCAGGUUGCAUUCUGGGCCAUGUAGGAAAUUCUAAUGGUAGAUGAGGCAGACUAAAGCAAUGUGGCUGCAACAAAAAAGAAUAUAGAGGGCAGUCACAAAACAACUGCAGGAAUGCAGUGAAUAUAGAAGUAUAUUUAGGAGGUGUUUUGAAAGCUUUUUAAGCACCAGCUGCUGAAAACACAAGACACAUUUCAGUAAUCACCUGAAUGCUCUGUGCUGCUACAUUCUGCUCCAUUAGGAUAGUAAAUGAAAAUACAUUAAAUUAAGUGCUGUCCAACUGUAUAGUGUAUAUCUCAGUGAGUGGACAAAAUGGGUCACCCAUGCAUUAGGUUACUGUAGCUCAUCCAGUACAGAAUGAAAGUGCUGUGUGUGUGAAUUAUCUAGCUAAUGGUGUUCUGGAAGCAGAAAUGUUCUCAGUCCCUGUAUGCGGCUCAGUUAAAUACACAAUCCUCAGAACAUUUAAAGCAGCAAUUUAAAACAAAUACAUUUUGAUUUUAGAAACUUUUUAAGCCCUCCAAUCAUGCUGUGUGUGUGUGUGUGUGUGUGUGUGUGUGAAGGGGAGGGCUGAAUCUGCAAAAUCAAUGAUUAUUUUUGUGAUUUUUAGUAGAAGCUGAUUGACAACCUCCAUUUUCCCAUUCCUUCACAUGUUGCAUUGUGGUACAAGAGCUAAAAUAAACUCUUGAAGUGCUCCAAACAUUAA